AUGGAGGCCAGAGAGAGCAGACAGGGCCUGCGAAGAUCGGGGGCCCCCAGCCAGAUGGAGCAGGCGGAGCAGCCCGAAAGAGCCGAGAAGGACCAGCUGGGCAGUGAGGCAGCAGAUGCCUCCCACCUGCACCCUCGAUCACCUCCGGCUGCAAUCGCUCCUCCGGUGGCAGCAAAAGUUCCAGAAGGUGUGCCUGCGCCUGAAGCGAAGCAGCACCUCGCCGGCGGCUCUGCAACGGCUGCUAGUUCGAGAGGCAUCGCUGAGAUGGCUGAGACCGGCUCGCACCCGGCAGAGCCUUCGCAAGGCAGCCGGACCAUGCGAAGCGGCAUGUCCGCAGGAGCGAUGCAGCCCCUGCAAUCGCAGCAGACCCCCUUAGACUUGGACGCAGAAGCUUUGCUCACAAGAUCCUCCCGGUCACGGCCUUUGAGACUUGAGGACGAGGACGGCAGGAUGGGCUCGCCGCGUCCCGGCCGCGGCAAGCGGCAAAAGCUCUCUGAGAGCCCGAGCCCGUCGCGGCUCAGAGGUCAGGCUCUGCUUCAGUGGCUCUGGAAGCGACGUCUGGAUAGAGGGGUUGACACUGGCAAAGUGGGGGAAGUGUCCGGUGGUGCGGACGUUGAGUCUGUUGCAAGGCCCAUCCGCAACGCAAAACAGCUGCUGCAAGAACAGCUCAAGCAGUUCAAGCUGCUCUUAGAGAACCGGGAGAGCCCGGAGACUGAGUUUGGGCUGUCGGCUGCACCUCCUGUGGUGACCACAAGGCCAUAUCGCAAGAACCAGAAGGCACCGUUGGAAGGCGGCACGGUUCUCCUGCCUCCCACGUGCCUGCAAGUCGACGCCGUGCUCGGGGCGGAAGCGACGGACGCCUGGGACAAAGUGCAGCGGAAGGUCCUCCUCGAGGCGAAGCGCGCCGAGCGCCGCAGUGCGCAGGCAGCCAAGGCUCCCAGCGGCGUUCCGGGGCCCUCCUUUCUUCUGCCGUGGAGGAGCCUGGAGGUGUCCUUGGAGGCUUCGCUCUUCCAGAAGGCUCAUCUGCAGCUCCAGAAGCGCUGUGACUUGGAGCCCGGUCGACGAGUGCUCAUGCGACAGCUCGGCGGGCAGCCGACGGCGGGCCUUUUUGAAGACCCCGCCGCAGGGUCGGCGAUGGCCAGCGUGGCCCUGAACGCGGCUCUGGUGGGAUUUUUGCCGGCCGAGAGCACCGGCAACGAGUUCCAGGCCGCGACUUUGCUGCCGAGCCGGCGGAGCGGUAGUUUGGCGGAGCUCGUGGAGGCCGCCAGGCCUGGUCUCCUCGGAAGCUGGCAUCCCUGCCCGGCCCUGGCUGUGCCCACUGGUUGCAAGGAUGCCCUCUUAUGCACGCGACUCUUUCGGGACACCUGCGCAGGCCUCACCAGCACAUUUGCAGGGCGCAUGGCAAGAGAAGGGCUCACAGAAGAUCAGCCCCUGGCACCCUCUGGUGGCCAGGAACACUGUUUCUGCAACGUCUGUUCCGAGUGGCUCUCCAGAAGCAGCAGCAAGUCGCAUCAGUGUUCCUCCCAAUCGCAUGUGGGCAAACCGCAAGCGACAGAAGCGAAGCCGAAGCCUCGGCUCAAAAUCUUUCACCAGUCCUGGGAUGGUCUUGAGGUCCGACUCUCCUUCCAGCACACCCGGCAGACAGUGGAGAUUUCCUGCGAUGCCGUCCUUGAGAAUGCCUUCAAGCGGCUGCUUUGGCCCCAGGUGUGGGAACCCAAGCAGGUAAGCAGCAGCUGGCGUCUGACAAAGCCUCAGAGCCAGCCCUGCCAGAGCUCUCCCACUCCGAACUUGAGCCUCAGGGUGCCCUACGAGGACUUCACGCAGCCUGGGCGGUUCCUCCUCUCCUCGUCUCAACUGGCCUUGCUAGGCUGGAUGCGGCAGCAGGAGCGACAGUCCGUUUUCAAGUCCCAGCAGACCAUCCGUCAAGGCCUCUGCGAGACGGAUCUAGCGCUGGAGCUGCAGCUCACUCGCGAGUUUGAGUCCUCUGGUGGCCUUAUCCUCACCAGGGCCCCGAACGAAGAGCCCUACUUCGACAGGGCUGUGGCGACCUGUGUGCUGGCCCUGAUGGAGGAUGCUGAAACUGCCAAGCCAAGCCCGAUGCUGAGCAAGCGCAGAUGUCGUCUUGAAGCCACGGCCACGCUCAUCCUCGUACAGCAGCAAAGUCUCCCAUAUUGGCAGCAAGCGUUGGAGGCCGCUCCCAUGUCGCGUCGGCGCGUGGUCAUCAUUGGCAACCAGCGCAAGAUGCGAAGUCUCACCGUCGCCGAGGUAGUGGAGGCUGACUUGAUCUUGGUGUCCGUGCAGCUCUUCAGCUCAGAAGCCUAUCAGCGCCACUUCGACAGCCUCUCAAAGCCAGGGCUACAAGUCUGGGAUGCGUCGUCGCUGCAGAAGCGGAUAGAUACCGUCCAGGGCCAGGGCGAUGCAGAGCCGGAGGAGCUGUGCCAAGACGUUGAGGGCAGCUUUGAGCAGGGUGACUUGGUUACCAUCCACGGACUCAUCGCCAAGGCCCACCUCAACGGCCGCCGCGGCCAGUUGAUCGGUUGGCAGGAGGACACGGGGCGCUGGUCCUGCUUGCUGGAGGCAUCGAAGUCAGCCAAAGUGCCGAAGUCCACAGCCAAGAGAAAGAGGUCCACUCCUGAAAGCGGCCAACUCAUCAACGUCCGCCCCUGCAACUUGAGAGCGCUGCGGCCAGGAGUUCGGAAGGCCUCGCCGCGAAAGCGGCUUCUCGAGACCCCCUUGAAGGUAUCAAAGUACUACUCUGAACUGCGGUCGAGAGAAGAUUACAUGGCCCGACGCCAGGUGGAGUUGGAGCGCCACACCUUCCGCCUCGUGCACCAGGCUGUGUCCACGGGCCUGUCGAAAGCAAACGAGGAGCCCCUGGCGAACACAGAGGAGGCUGCGCCGGAAGUCAUGGAGAAGGUUCAGUUCCCGCUUCUCGCAUCAUCUGCUUCCGAAGUCACCGGCAGUCCCGCAUUGCUGGAGAUGUUUCGCUUCAAACGCCUGGUGAUUGACGACUGUCACCUUGUGGCGAGGCCUUUGGGGCAGCUGGUCUCCAGCCGCAGCUCCCACAGUGGUGGUUUGAGCCAGUACCUGGGCAAGGUGGCGCCGCUUUAUGCCGUCCAUGCCAUCGAAGCCCAUGCUCGCUGGGGUAUCGCUCCCCUGACGUCGGUCACUUGCGAUGAGGGGGUGUCUGAAGACGUGGCGCCGAUGGCCUCCUUGCUGGGGAUUCAAAUCCCUUGGUGCGACCGCCUUGAGGCCAACCGCUUCCUGCAGAGCCACGCGGCAGCGGCGGAGGAGGUGGAUCCGUCCGACGAGCCUCGACGAAAGGCUCCCGAGCGUCGCGACACCGGGGGCCCAGGUGUCUCCGAAGAGACUCAUCUGGUACACUUCUCCGUCGGGGAACGCCUCGUGUACAGUUUCCGAUGUUUGGAACAGCGACUUGCUGCAAAGUACAGGGCGCAGCCCAAGAUCAGGAAGGUCGUCGUGACUGACGAGCAGGCCCGCGUGCUGCUUCAGCUCUGCACCUAUGCAGAUGAGGCUACAGCCGGCUCUUUGAGCAAGGACGCGCAGGACUACGGCGCUGAAGUUGCGCAGCUACUCUUGGAGAACGUGGUGAGUCAUUGGAAGUCCAAAAGUGCAGAUGCGGUGCUGGCCGACGCCCAGCAGAAUGACUUCGAGCUGCGACUGAAGGCCUUCAAGACAUUGGGCACCUCUGUGGAAGGCUACGAGCGGGAAGUGCUGUUGGCCUGUGCCCACAGCGGCACCGAGCAGCUGAAGCUUCUCCUGGAAGCCUCCGGGGAGGAGCCGCCCGUGGAAGCUCGGCUCCGGCGCCUGGCGCAGGCGGCCGUGGAAGGCGAGUUCUCGGCGAAGGUGCCUCGGAAUCCUCGGACUCGGACUCGGAGCGCGGCGCCUGGGGAUCCUUCGGAUCCUGAGGCUUGCAGCGAGGUGGCCACGCUCCACAGGCCCACAAGGCAUGGCUGCGGCUUCUGCAACCAGAUCACCGACGAAGGACGCGAGACGCUCGCAAGGCUUCGUUUGGCCUCCGGGCGAGCCGUGGCUGCGGAGCGCCGGGCUGCCCAGCGAGUACGCGUCGCAGGGGCCCUCGCCGCUGCGUCUGGACUGCAACUGCGUCCCGCUGUUCCAGUCGAGCUCCGAUCAGACAAGGUUUGCCUCUGCUGCAAAGAGGAUGGUGGCAAGCUGCUGCUUUUCCCAUGUGGCCACACUGCCCAUGCCGCCUGCUUAGGUCGGAUUAAUGGUCGUUGUCCGGACUGCCAGCUUGAUCUGGAAGAGGAUGAGGCUGUAGUACUCGAUGCCCUGCCAUCGAUGACGGGAAAGAGACUCUGCAGAUUUAGCUCGAAGAUCGCUGCGGUUGCCUCAGAGCUGAAGCGUAUCGUCAGUCGCGACGAAGGGAAGGGAACAGCACAAUGUGUGCUUGUUUGUCAGUGGUCAUCUGCUCUGGCGCAGUUGGAAGCAGCUAUCACCGAAGAGGGUAUGACGCCUUUGGUUCAGCGCGCUGAGAGUACGGACACCGGAGAGGAUGCUGACAAGAGAAUCAUUCUCCUCGCACCCGACUUUGUACAGAAUCUCGGCAAAGCAAGCGUGCAAGCGAUUUGGCGCGAGCGACUGCUGGCCCCCUGCUCCGUGCGCCAUGUUCUGAUCAUGAACGUUGUGCACAGUCCUGCCAAGCGCCACGAGUGGGAGAGGAAGAUCCUUGGCUUGGCGCGGAUGGAAUCCUCUGUGGGCAUCCUUCCCGCAGUAGUGCUUCAUCGCUUCGUCGUCCACGGCACGGUAGAGGAGGACCUCGUGACCUCUCAGACCUGA